AUGGCUCGUUCAAUUUAUUCGCUUCGAAGCCAGAAGAACGGCGGCAGUAGAAGUUCAAACACGAGCUGGGAUUCGGAUGCCUCUUCAGCCUGUGACAGGGGGUCAGAUACGAGCUCCACGAACUCUGAUUCUAGUGAACCUCAAAACACCAGUUCGACGUAUUCUGCCAAUAGCACCGACAGUACCACGGCUCAAGUCGACUCUGACCAUAAGGAGGAGACCUCAUCUCUUCAACCACCUUUUUCUCCACGAAUGAUCGAAGAGGAUCAACGCCGACCCGAGGAUGAUGGAUUGCCGAACUACGCCCGUGAUCUUCUUGAUCUCCAAGCUCUCUACGUAGACUCACUCGGUAGAUCGCCUCCGAUGGAUGUGAAACAGAGAAGCUCUAGUAUAGACUCCAUCCACGCUGUCUGGGGUAGUCCAAAACCCCAUUCCGAGCGUUUCUUAGAAUUCCAGUCCAGCCGCGAAAGCGAGGAAGCCGCCGAGACUCGUUCCUCCAGAUGUCCUAACGCCUCUGAGCGAUACACAGCCCAGAGUAGCACACGUUAUCCGAACCCGGGUCGUGUCUGA